AUGCACGGUUCAGUGCCUCCUUCUGUUGCCGCUGCCGCUCAGAGAGGUGGCCGGGCUGUGCCGGCUAUCCCGAUUGCUGCUCCUGCUAAGCCUGUCGCUCCCGUUGCUGGCCCUCCUGCUGCUACGGAUGCUACAGCUGCUGCUACGGCCGCCGUUGCCGCAGCGAUGGCCAAGUUGCCCCAGCCCGGUGCACAGAAGGCCGAUGUUGACACCGUUACACGGAAGAUGAACGAGAUGCGGCCGUACGAUAACAACCGUGCGCCUCGAGGCGGACGCGGCGGGCGUGGGGCUGCUCGCACGCAACAGCAGCAGCACAAGAAGAUCGAACUCCCGCAGUCCGAUUACGACUUUGAGACAGCAAAUGCCAAAUUCAACAAACAGGACUUGGUCAAAGAAGCCAUUGCCACUGGCUCUCCGGCGGCCGAGGCGGAGGCUCAUGCUCCUCCCCCUGGCGAGGACCAUGUUGAUGAUACCAACGGCACCCACGGUGCUUACAACCGGACCACUUCUUUCUUCGAUAACAUCUCGAGCGAGGCUCGGGACCGCGAAGAUAAUGUGACCAACCGGUUCGGCGGCCGCGAGUGGCGCGCUGAAGAGGAGAAACGAAACAUGGAUACCUUCGGCCAAGGCAGUGUCGACGGGUACCGUGGUCGUGGUCGUGGACGAGGACGAGGCUAUGGCCGCGGCCGCGGCGGCUACGGUCGUGGAUAUAGUCAAGGCUAUGGACGAGGCCGGGGUGGAAUGCGCGGGGGCCGUGCUCCCUCGGCGCAGUCGACGGGCGUUCCGUCGCAGAACUGA